AUGAUAGACCGCACGAAAUUCACCGCAGCUGAUGCAGUGGCCUACAUCUGGCGCGGCCUGCACCUGCCCAACCAAGCCCUAACCUCUCUCCACUUGCCCAACACCAGCUCUCCUCUCCCAUCGUCCUUCAAGAUUGACAUCCUCGCUCAAACAGGAACAGCAAGUAAAGCUGAUGGAGAUGACGUCCCCCGCGUCUCCGUGGUGCAAGCCCACGCCCUCGCCGAAUUCUUCUCUGAAAAACUAUACACCCUCAACGCCCUCCCGCCCCCCUCAAGCUGGGGCCGAAUAGGCGGAUUGCAUCGUACCGCUGAUGACGGGUAUGUGCGUAUCCACGAUGCAUUCCCGCAUCAUGAGCAUGCAGCUAUACGCAUGUUAGGGCUGGCUUCAACACCAGCUACUGCGGCUGGCGUAUCGCGAGACGAGGUCGGGCGCGCCAUCCGCGAGUCCUGGACAGCUACAGACCUCGAGACAAAGUCUCAUGAGAACGGCGCUGUGAUUGCUGCGCUGAGGGCGUAUGACACGUGGGAUGGCCAUCCGCAAGCAAGCGCCGUGCCGGAUUUUCCCAUCCUAAUUCACCGUCUACCGUCAACCGGCCAGAAACAGACUCAGACUGCCCUUCCCAACUUGACCAAAGCUGCCGACAAGUGUCUCCGCGGCCUGCGUGUCCUCGAACUCAGUCGCGUAAUGGCCGCGCCCGUUGCUGGCCGCGUUCUCGCCGCCCACGGCGCCGACGUGCUCUGGGUGACCAGCGCCAACCUCCCCUCUCAGCCCGGUCUCGACCGGGACAUGGCGCGCGGAAAGCGCAGUAUUCGGCUCGACUUCAAAUCCUCGGCGGCUGACCGCGCCACACUAAUCGAACUAAUCCGGUCUGCGGAUGUGUUUAUCCAAUCCUACCGCCCUGGUAGUCUCUCCCGCCACGGCUUUGGGCCGGAUGAUGUGGCCAGAAUGAACCCGGGGAUUGUGUAUGCGAGUCUAUCUGCGUAUGGCCGUGACGGGCCCUGGGCGGAGAGGAGAGGGUAUGAUUCGCUUGUGCAGACGGUGUCGGGGAUGAGUGUGUCGGAAGCAGAGCAUAUGGGGAUGGGCGAGCCGGCGAGGGCGAUGCCAUGUCAGGCGCUGGAUCAUGCGAGUGGGUAUCUGCUUGCGACGGGCAUCAUGGCGGCGGUAUACCGUCAACUCACCCUCACUACUAUCUCUCCUGACGGCGAUGACGGUGCGGUGUCUAGUGGGUACGAGGUGGAAGUGUCCUUGGCCGCCGUGAUGAAAUGGCUCCGCUCGCUGGGGCAGUACCAGUCUCCUGAUCCUGCCGCCAGUGUGAGGGUGGAGGAAGACUGGUUUGAGACUAGGAUGAGUGGAUUUGGAGAAUUGAAGGCGUUGAAGCAUGCGGCGAGCGUGGAGGGGGUGGGGGUUGGCUGGGAUGUUAUGCCAAUGCCGUUGGGGAGUGGGGAGGCAGUUUGGUUAUGA